AUGUCUUCUCAUGAGAGGAGUCCGCCCGCUAUAGGCGUUAAACUAGCCACCGAGGACGAUUGGCAUCAGUGGCUAUCGACUGUCAAAACUAUUGCCUUAGAAGCGCAGAUUUGGCAAUAUAUCAACCCGAAAAAUCCCACAGAGCCCCCGGAGCCUAUCGAGCCUCAACGGCCGACAGCAGCCACCGUCGCCGGUAAUCCAACAGCCACCGUUAACGACCUAAGCCAAUCAGACCUUCAGCGUUAUCAAGCGCUCCUAUCGAUUUACCGCAUCGAACGAGACGAAUACGACGCGUUCUUUCACGCCCGUCAGCGGCUAGUUCGAGCUAUCUUAGCCAGCGUUGCCCAGGCAAAUCAGCACUACCUUACUGGGCUACACACGCCUUACCAGCAGCUCCUAAAGCUUCGAACAGUCUUCGCACCUUCACCUCGCCUAUAUCGACAACAGCUACGCGUUACUUGGCGAGAUCAACUCGAAUAUGCAUCCAAUCAACACCAAGAUCGUCAAGCUUGGCUUAUUCGGACCGAAGCGCUUUAUAACGAGUGUCUCAGCGUCGACGUUCCGGAAGUCAAAGAUAAAGAUGCGUUACUAUACGACUUCUUAACUGCUAUCCGCGCAGCCGGCAACGAACUCUUCUUCCAAACUUGGUAUCAACACAUCUUCGUAGCCAAUCAAGACAUCGAUUUCUAUCGGCUUGUCCACUAUCUUCGUGAGGCCCAGCGGCUAGAGAAAUCACAAGCUUCUACCAGAACCGGCCGUCUAGCUAUGUCAACCCUUAAUGGUCAAAGAGAGGCACGACCAGCUUGUGUUUGUGGCUACAAUCACCCUUAUAAGCGUUGUUAUUACCUUAACACCGACGCGAGGCCAGAUAGUUGGACGCCUAAUCAAGACACGGCCGAAUCGGUCAACAAACGUCUACAAGACGACCCAGAACUUAUUAAGCAGAUCCAAAAGACCCUUCCUGGCUUUCAAUCAGUCGUUUUCACCACCUUCAGCGACGUCAACGGCCCUAUCGGGUCUAUGUCACGAAUCGCUAUGUGA